UCUGUGGAUUGACUUACCUGACUCGACUCCAAAUCACUUUCAGUGGCAUAACCGUAAUUACAGAACAUUUCAUUGUCGUUUAGCUUAAACCAACACAUAUACCCCCAAAAGGCCAUCAAUUUUGAAUACUGGCCGUUACUUCUUACCUCCCCCCAAUGAAUAUAUUUUUUUCCCGGCAGAAAUCAUAACCAGAAUAACGAACCAAACUCUCUCAAAAUGUCAAAAAUACCCUUAUCAGUUCCCAUAAUUGCGAUCCCUCUCUUUCUUCUCGUCCUGGUGGCCUUACCCCUGGAGGUAAUUUCACAGUCCCUGGAUACCGAGCGAUCAAUCCUGCUCAAACUCAGGCAACAAUGGGGGAAUCCGCCAUCGCUUUCGUCGUGGAACUCCUCGUCCUUGCCGUGCGAUUGGCCCGAGAUUCAAUGCUCCGACGACGGCACCGUCGUCACCGGAGUUUUACUCCGCGAAAAGGACAUAACGGAGAAGAUUCCGGCGACGAUUUGCGACCUCAAGAACCUCACUUCUCUCGACCUGGCACUGAAUUACGUCCCCGGGGAUUUUCCGAAAGUUCUAUACAACUGCUCGGAGCUCCGAUUCCUCGACCUCUCGCAGAACAACUUCACCGGCAGAAUUCCCGACGACAUCGACCGGAUUUCAGGCCUCCGGCUUUUGGACCUCAGCGGGAACAACUUCUCCGGCGACAUUCCGGCGUCUAUCGGCCAGUUUUCGGAGUUGCGAGAGCUUAAUCUUCAUAUGAAUUUGUUCAACGGGACAUUUCCGAGCGAGAUCGGAAACUUGUCGAAUCUCGAACUGCUAAGAUUGGCCUAUAACGGCCUCUUCAUCCCUGCUUCGAUACCGGCGGAAUUCGGAAAGUUGAAGAAUUUGAAGGAAUUGUGGAUGACAGGCACUAAUUUGGAAGGAAAUAUCCCGGAAAGUUUCGCUGAUCUUCAGAACCUCGAGAAAUUGGACCUUUCGAUGAACAAGCUAGACGGUUCGAUUCCUAGCGGAUUGUUUUUGUUGAAGAAUCUAAAAUUUUUACUUCUAUUUCAUAAUAGAUUGUCCGGUGAGAUUCCGAGACCUGUUCAGGCACUGAAUUUGAGCGAAAUUGAUAUUUCUAUGAACAAUUUGACCGGUUCGAUACCGGAAGAUUUCGGAAAGUUGAGCAAUUUGUCGGUUCUGAACCUGUUUUCGAAUCAAUUGAGCGGCGUGAUUCCGGCGAGUUUAGGCCUAAUUCCGACGCUGAAGCUCUUCCGCGUCUUCAACAACAAGUUGAACGGAACUCUGCCGCCGGAGAUGGGCCUACAUUCGAAGCUCGAAGCUUUCGAGGUCUCGAACAAUCAACUGGCGGGAGAACUACCGGUAAAUCUAUGCGAAAACGGCGCUUUACGGGGAAUGAUUGCGUUCGCCAAUAACCUUAGCGGAGAAUUGCCUAGAGGUCUAGGAAAUUGCAGUUCUUUGAUUAGUAUUCAGCUUUACGGGAACAAUUUCUCCGGCGAGGUUCCGCCGGAGUUGUGGACGGCGAUGAAUUUGUCGACUUUGAUGAUCAGCAAAAACUCGUUCUACGGCGAGCUUCCGAGCAAGUUGCCGUGGAACUUGUCAAGGCUGGAAAUUAGUAACAACAGAUUCUCCGGCGAAAUCCCCACGGGAGCGUCCACUUGGGAGAGUUUGAUCGUUUUCAAGGCUAGUAAUAACCAGUUUUCCGGGAAAAUUCCGGUUGAAUUCACGAGCCUUUCGCGAUUAACGACUUUGUUGCUCGAUGGGAACCGGUUUUCGGGCGAAUUGCCGUUGGAAGUCGUCUCAUGGAAGUCACUAGACACGCUUAAUCUCUCAAGGAAUGAACUCUCAGGCCAAAUUCCACAAUCUAUUGCUUCUCUACCGAACCUUCUUUACUUAGACUUAUCAGAAAACCAAUUGUCAGGUGAAAUUCCUCCUCAGCUUGGCCGUUUGAGGCUAAAUUCACUCAACUUGUCUUCCAACAAUCUUUCCGGGAAAAUCCCAUAUGAGUUUGACAAUCUUGCUUAUGAAAACAGUUUCUUGAACAAUCCAAAUCUAUGUUCCAACAAUUUGAUUCUUCUUAAAACUUGUGGUACCCAAUAUUUCCGAAACUCCAAAACGUUCUCUUCCAAAGUCCUUGCCUUGAUUCUGAUACUCGCCAUUAUGGUUUUGCUGGUGACUGUUUCGUUGACCUUUUUCAUGGUCAAACAGCAGAGAAGGAAAAGGCAUGAUCAGAAGUUAGCGUCAUGGAAGCUUACCUCAUUCCAAAGAUUGGAUUUCACAGAAUAUAACGUUUUGAGGAACUUAACGGAGAACAAUCUGAUUGGUGAUGGAGGAUCAGGGAAAGUUUACAGGAUUGGCACAAAUAGUCUUGGUGAAUUUGUGGCUGUGAAGAAGAUUUGGAACGACAGGAAAUGGGAUGAGCAUUUGGAGAAGGAAUUCCUAGCAGAAGUUCACAUUCUGGGAAUGAUUAGGCACUCCAACAUUGUGAAGUUGCUGUGCUGCAUUUCAAGCGAGAACUCGAAGCUUCUCGUCUACGAGUACAUGGAGAAUCAGAGUCUAGAUAUUUGGCUUCAUGGAAGGAGGAGGAAAUUAUUGAGUCAUGGAAUUGGUUUGGCUCAUCAUGCUGUUUUGGAUUGGCCUAGGAGGCUGCAGAUUGCAAUUGGGGCUGCACAAGGGUUGUGCUACAUGCAUCAUGACUGCUCGCCGUCCAUCAUUCACCGCGAUGUUAAGUCAAGCAAUAUAUUGUUGGAUACUGAGUUCAAGGCAAGGAUAGCAGAUUUUGGGCUUGCCAAGAUAUUGGCCAAGCAUGGAGAACACCACAGUGUUUCUGCCAUUGCCGGAUCUUUCGGUUACCUCGCCCCCGAAUAUGCUUACACGGCAAAGGUCAAUGAGAAGAUUGAUGUUUAUAGCUUUGGGGUUGUACUACUUGAACUAGCAACUGGAAGGGAGCCGAAUUGUGAAGAGGAGGAUAUGAACUUAGCGGAAUGGGCAUGGCAGCAUUACGGUGAUGAAAAGCCUAUUAGUGAUGCCCUUGACGUGGAGAUAAAGAAACCUUGUAAUUUAGACGAGAUGACCACUGUGUUCAAACUAGGACUCAUGUGUACAAGCACUUCACCUUCGGCUAGGCCUUCUAUGAAGGAGGUUUUGCAGAUUCUUCGUCGAUACGGCAGUCCAGAAGCAUAUGAAGCCAAAAGGGUGGGGAGUGAAUUUGAUGUUGCUCCACUUAUGGGCAAUACAAAGUAUCUUACAAGUUACAGAGGCAAGAAGGAGAGGGGCUCAGAGGAAGAUGAAGAUAGCUUUUUCAGUACGACACAUUCCUAGUUGCAAAGAAAACUCAUUUCGGGACAUCCGACAGUCGAUCAGUGGCUGCGCAGCCUGUGCGCAAAUCUGUUUUUGUGUACAAGGAAAACAUUGUAUUAGAGAUAUGAAUAGUAGAAUAGUCUUGGGAGAGAAGUGAGCUCUACGGGAGCAGGCAUUCAAAGCAAGUGCCAAGUAAUGUACAUAUUUAUGCGGUAAUAAACUGUCCAACAUAUCUAGAACUAGAAGUCUUAAAUUCUAAUUUCUCGAAACCUUAUAUGGCAGCUGUUGUGUGGAAAAAUAUGACGGACACAUGGACGAACGAUAAUACGACACGUGGCCUUAACUACUCUCCGUCAAGCAACAACCCUCAACGUCCAUGGCUCCCUCCUAUUCCGCUGGAAAGCCCAAAGCACGAAGUCCAAAUUAGGGCGACGAUUCCUUCUGGCGUCAACAGAUCGCGCCGUCGAGAUUAAGGCACGAAGAUCCCUCGACCGCAGAAAGGACCGCCAAAGAGGGCGAUUGGGCUAAGCAGCGCUGACAACGAGGGGAACGUUCUUUAGAGGACGUGACGGGUUGUGUGCAAAAGUGGAGGACGUCUGCAGGCAUUAAUUGCAAGCUCUCAAACCGCCCCACAGGGGACAGGAAAGUAUUACGGGGAAGCACAAAGCCGUAAUAGGAGACUGAUUGGCUGAGUGAACAGUGCUGAUUAGUGGGCUACGUCUGGGCCUACCAAGGAAUAGCACUUGAGUGCUUCCACCCAUGAAGGAAACCCCCUAAGCGAAGGAAGCCCAGUAUAAAAGGAGGAAGACUCCAGUAACGAAGGGGUUCAGAGAUUCCAGCAAAGAAAAAAGAGAUUUAAUGAGAGCAAUUGUUGUAAAUUGUUAUCUUCUCAAAAGAAAUACAAAAUCACAGUGGAUGUAGCUCUCAUUUUAUAAAG